AGCUCGUUGUUGAACACUUUCUCUGCCCGAGACCUCUGGUCACCUACCGCAGAGAAGCCCAUUCGGACUCAAGAUUCCCACAACUCCAUGCUGUGUGUUGCAGGCUGGUCUUGAACCUGGUGCGCUGGCUAAAAGGAUGGGGGCAGACGGAGAAACCGUGGUUCUGAAGAACAUGCUUCUUGGUGUCAACUUGAUCCUUCUGGGCUCCAUGCUCAAGCCUUCAGAAUGUCAACUGGAAGUCACCACAGAACGAGUCCGGAGACAGGCGACAGAAGAGGAAGGCAGUGUGGCCAAUUAUAACACCACCGGCAAAGACCAGCCCAUGGUUUUCAACCAUGUGUACAACAUCAACGUGCCCCUGGACAGCCUUUGCUCCUCAGGGUUUGAGGCCUCUGCCGAGCAGGAGCUGAGUGCUGAAGACGAGGCUCUGGCUGAGUACACAGGCCAGACCUCCGACCAUGAGAGCCAGGUCACCUUCACUCACAGGAUCAACCUUCCCAAAAAGGCCUGCCCAUGCGCUGGCUCCACGCAGGUGCUGCAGGAGCUGCUGAGCCGAAUCGAGAUGCUGGAGCGAGAGGUGUCCAUGCUACGGGGUCAGUGCAACACCAACUGCUGUCAAGAAAGUGCGGCCACAGGACAACUGGACUAUAUCCCUCACUGCAGCGGCCACGGUAACUUUAGCCUCGAGUCCUGUGGCUGCAUCUGCCACGAAGGCUGGAUUGGCAAGAACUGCUCAGAGCCCUCCUGCCCCCUGGGCUGCUCCAGCCGGGGCGUGUGCGUGGACGGCCAGUGCAUCUGUGACAGUGACUACAGCGGCGACGACUGCUCGGAGCUCCGCUGCCCAACUGACUGCAGCUCCCGAGGGCUUUGCGUGGAUGGGGAGUGUGUCUGUGAAGAGGCCUACACAGGCGAGGACUGCAGCGAGCUGAGAUGCCCCGGGGACUGCUCGGGGAAGGGCACAUGUACCAAUGGCACCUGCUUAUGCCCGGAGGGCUACGUUGGCGAGGACUGCAGCCAGAGGCGGUGUCUGAACGCCUGCAGUGGGCGAGGGCACUGCCAGGAGGGUCUCUGCUUCUGUGAAGAGGGCUACCAUGGGCCCGACUGCUCCGCAGUUGCCCCUCCAGAGGACUUGCGAGUGGCUGGUAUCAGCGACAGGUCCAUUGAGCUGGAAUGGGACGGGCCGAUGGCAGUGACGGAAUAUGUGAUCUCUUACCAGCCGAUGACCCGGGGGGGCCUCCAGCUCCAGCAGCGGGUGCCUGGAGAUUGGAGUGGUGUCACCGUCACGGAGCUGGAGCCAGGUCUCACCUACAACAUCAGCGUCUACACUGUCAUUAGCAACAUCCUCAGCCUUCCCAUCACUGCCAAGGUGGCCACCCAUCUCUCCACGCCUCAAGGGCUACAAUUCAAGAGGAUCACCGAAACGACCGUGGAGGUGCAGUGGGAGCCCUUCGCAUUCUCCUUCGAUGGCUGGGAGAUCAGCUUCAUCCCAAAGAACAACGAAGGAGGGGUGAUUGCCCAGCUCCCCAGUGAUGUUACUUCCUUCAACCAGACGGGACUGAAGCCUGGGGAGGAGUACACUGUCAAUGUGGUAGCACUGAAAGAGCAAGCCCGAAGCCCUCCAACUUCAGCCAGCGUCUCCACUGUUAUUGACGGGCCCACGCAGAUCCUGGUCCGAGAUGUCUCCGACACCGUGGCUUUUGUGGAAUGGACCCCGCCUCGAGCCAAAGUCGAUUUCAUUCUCUUGAAAUAUGGCUUGGUGGGCGGAGAAGGUGGGAAGACCACCUUCCGGUUGCAACCCCCGCUGAGCCAAUAUUCGGUGCAGGCCCUGCGGCCUGGCUCUCGCUAUGAGGUGUCGGUCAGUGCGGUCCGAGGGGCCAAUGAGAGCGAUCCCAUGACCACCCAGUUUACAACAGAGAUUGAUGCCCCCAAGAACUUGCGAGUAGGUUCCCGAACAGCAACCAGCCUUGACCUCGAGUGGGACAACAGUGAGGCAGAAGUGCAGGAGUACAAGGUUGUUUAUAGCACCCUGGCGGGCGAGCAGUACCAUGAGCUCCUUGUCCCCAAGAGCCUUGGUCCAACCACCAGAGCCACCCUCACAGAUCUGGUGCCUGGCACUGAGUACGGAAUUGGGAUCUCUGGCAUCAGGAACUCACAGCAGAGUGUACCGGCCACCGUGAAUGCCAGGACUGAACUUGACAGCCCCCGGGACCUCAUGGUGACAGCCUCCUCUGAGAACUCCAUCUCCCUCAUCUGGACCAAGGCCAGUGGCCCCAUUGAUCACUACCGAAUCACCUUUACCCCAUCCUCUGGGAUCGCCUCGGAAGUUACUGUGCCCAAGGACAGGACCUCAUAUACACUGACAGACCUGGAACCCGGGGCUGAGUACAUCAUCUCUGUCACGGCUGAGAGGGGUCGGCAGCAGAGCUUGGAGUCCACGGUGGAUGCCUUCACAGGGUUCCGCCCCAUCUCCCACUUGCACUUCUCUCAUGUGACCUCCUCCAGUGUGAACAUCACCUGGAGUGACCCAUCCCCGCCAGCCGACAGGCUCAUUCUGAACUACAGUCCCCGGGAUAAAGAGAAAGAGAUGCUGGAGGUCUCCCUGGAUGCCACCAAGAGGCAUGCUGUCCUUACGGGCCUGCAGCCAGCCACUGAGUACCUGGUGAACCUGGUGGCUGUCCACGGCACAGUGACCUCUGAGCCCAUCAUGGGCUCCAUCACCACAGGAAUUGAUCCCCCCAAAGACAUCACCAUUAGCAAUGUGACCAAGGACUCGCUGGUUGUCUCCUGGAGUCCACCGGUCGCAUCCUUUGAUUACUACCGGGUGUCAUACCGGCCCACACAAGUGGGACGACUGGACAGUUCCGUAGUGCCCAACACAGUGACCGAGUUCACCAUCAGCAGGCUGUACCCGGCGACCGAGUAUGAAAUCAGUCUCAACAGCGUGCGAGGCCGGGAGGAGAGCGAGCGCAUCUGUACUCUCGUGCACACAGCCAUGGACAACCCUGUGGGUCUGAUUGCUACGAACAUCACUCCCACGGAAGCCCUGCUGCAGUGGAAAGCUCCUGUGGGUGACGUGGAGAACUAUGUCAUUGUUCUCACACACUUUUCAGUUGCUGGAGAGACCAUCCUGGUUGACGGCGUCAGUGAGGAAUUCCAGCUUGUUGACCUAUUCCCCAGUACCCACUAUACUGUCACCAUGUAUGCCACCAGUGGGCCACUCACCAGUGGCACCAUCAGCACCAAUUUCUCUACCUUCAUGGACCCUCCUGUAAACCUGACGGCCAGUCAAGUCACCAGACAGAGUGCCCUCAUCUCCUGGCAGCCUCCCCGGGCCGAGAUGGAGAACUACGUCUUGACCUACAAGUCCACUGACGGGAGUCGCAAGGAGCUGAUCGUGGACGCAGAGGACACGUGGAUCCGAUUGGAGGGCCUGUCGGAGAACACAGACUACACGGUGCUCCUGCAGGCGGCCCAGGAUGCCGUGCGGAGCAGCAUCACCUCCACCACCUUCACCACAGGGGGCCGAGUGUUCCCUCACCCGCAAGACUGUGCCCAGCAUUUGAUGAAUGGAGACACCCUGAGUGGGGUUUACACCAUCUUCCUCAAAGGGGAGCUCAGCCAGAAGGUACAGGUGUACUGCGACAUGACCACCGAUGGCGGUGGCUGGAUCGGCCUCACCUGCGUUCUCCUGGAUGCAGGGUUGGACAACAUCCACAGGAUCACGUCCCAGGGCCGCUACGAGCUGCAUGUGGACAUGAGGGACGGCCAGGAGGCGGUCUUUGCCUCCUACAACAAGUUCUUGGUGGAGGACAGCAGAAGUCUCUACAAACUCCGCAUAGGCAGCUACAACGGCACUGCGGGGGACUCCCUCAGCUAUCACCAGGGACGCCCUUUCUCCACAGAGGACAGAGACAAUGAUGUUGCCGUUACCAACUGUGCCAUGUCGUACAAGGGGGCCUGGUGGUAUAAGAACUGCCACCGGACCAACCUCAACGGGAAAUAUGGGGAGUCCAGGCACAGCCAGGGGAUCAACUGGUACCAUUGGAAAGGCCACGAGUUCUCUAUCCCCUUUGUGGAAAUGAAGAUGCGGCCCUACAGUCACCACGUUACCGCGGGGAGGAGACGACGGUCCUUGCAGUCCUGAGGAGGGGGGAGGGGAGCCACCCCACCCAAUCUUUUCUGUCAUUUAUUUGUAUUUUAUAAUAGGAAACAAGGUGGGGGUAUUAUUAAUGUGCUUUGCACCAUAUUACGAGUGCUUUGAAGGGAGCAGGGAUGUAGCAGGGAAGUCGUAAACCGUAACCACUUAGCAUUUCUGCUGUGCCCGAAGCCUGACCCUUGGUCUCCAUUCUCCCUCCCAUCCCACUGUCUUUAACCUUUUCCUUUCUCUGCCAAGAGGGAAAGUGAGACAGCGUCUUAAAAGCCCCAUUCUAAGGCAAACCCUGGGAGUAAAAAUUGUCCCCACGAUGGGCCCUGGGCCUGCUUUGCUGGCCCCACUGCUGAGAUCCCCCUUGCCUCCUAGGCCUGUGUGAUCUGCUCCCUGUCUUCCAGGACAGGUUCGCCCACCAGCCCAGAAAGGAACCCUGAGGCCAGAGAGGGCUGUGGACCACUCACUCCCCUGCCCAGCAAGCACAUGCGCCGUGUGCCUGCCUCCACAACCCAAACCUUGUGUAAGGGUCAGAGAAUCUCAUCUGCGGACCCUCUCGCUCUGACCAACUGAUGUUCUCCGUUGCUUUCCCAAGAACAGUGGCCUUUUCUUCCAAGCCCUGUUUCAUCCUGUGCCCACCCACCUCCCCACCUGAGCCCUCACAGCCCCACAAGCCCAGCCAUUGUCCUGCCCUGGAGUUCCCAAGGCCCUGCCUCCCCCUGGCCCUGGCUUGUACAGUGGCCGCGUCACUGGGUCCGUCACUGCCCCUCCCUUGGGUGUAAAAAGCAGUCAUUUUCAUCGGAGAUGGUGAUAUGGAACAAUUGUUGUUUUCAGUCAUUUUGGGUCAGGCAUUGAGGGAAGGACAGAAGAAGAAACCAGGGCACCUGCCCUUGAGAUUUGAGGUCCCAUGGGGCGCACAGGUGGGACCCAGCUCAUUUUCUCUCUUUCUGGUCCUGUUGGUCAGAGAUUGUCUUCUGAAUUGCAAACCUAGUGCUCACUUCUGUCUCCAGGCAGACUGCGGGUGGUUCAAUUACAGUCAGACGAGGAAGCGAUAUGACCAGUCAGCUAUUCCCCUGGCUGAUAAUCCCAGGGAAGAGAUGGCAUUUGGAGUUUGGGGUUUUUUCUGUUUUGUUUGUUUUCGUUUAUCUUCUUUUUGGGUUUUUUGGUCUUAUGAGAACCAGGAGUGACCCCUUUAAUGAGGUGAGAUCAUGAGAUGCCGUUCUCCAUCUUCUUUUAUUAUUCUGCCUUUGAGAGGGACAAUGAGAAGUGCCCGGGGAAAUGACAUCCAGAAAUUCAGAGGGGACGGGGGAGGACAGCGGGCUGGCUCCCGUUUGAUGAGCGGUGCAGCCUUCACUAGCACGAUUGGAUUUUUACACCCUGGAGAGCUGGAGGCUGGAGGAGCCAUGACCUUUCAACUCUUCCCCCAAAUCAAGUGUCACCGGCAGCCACCCUGCAGCAUUUGCGGAAGUGCCCCCAGUUACCUUCGCUCUGCCUCUCCCCUCCCUCCAGGCCUCUGUUCUGUGGCCAGCAAGACCCACUUUCAACCUUCCCCAACCAGUGGCCGGAGGAGUCAGAGAGCGGGCAAUUUUCUAAUGGAAACGUGCAAUCUGUCCAGGUUUUGAGGACCCCUUGGGUGGGUCAUCACACCACUGACGCUGUGAGGAGGGAGGCAGCCUGCCAUUUGCAUUUGCGUGUGCACUCACGCCCCCGGGAGCAGCCUGCCUGGGCUCCCCCACUGCUGAGCGGUGAAAUGGCUGCCUACAUGCCCGGGGCUGAAGACUGCAGGUGGCGUUUCUAGUGCUCAGUCCACUGUGAGCUAGGGGGAGAAAGAAAGAGACAUCUAACAAGAAGAAAUGGAAACAGUUCUUUCAAGAAAACUGCCAAUGAUACAAGGCUCCUAUAGAAGAAGGGAGCAGAAGGGAGCAGAAGGCUAGCGCAUCAGCCCACCUCUGCCCGCUGACUGCAUGUUUCACACCUGCUAGGUCCUGUCGCCUCUCCGGGCUUCAGUUUCCUCCCUUGGUGAAGGAAAGGUUAGACUACCACAAUAUCUAAGAUCCCUUUCAGCCCUGACACUCCAUAAUACCAAUGUGGGAUCUAUAAUUCUUGGUAGACAGCACAACCAUUAAGGAAGGGAAAUUCACCAGGAUCUAUGCUCUGUUUUCCAAAGAAAGGACGGAACAAAGGCAGUCUCUGAAGACAUAAGUAAGAGGCACACAUGCAGACAAGCAUAUUCUCACGCACGAGAAACCAUUGCAGAAAAGAGAAUGCCAAGUAAGAGGCUGAACGCAUUGGGUCUUUGAAAACAAAGCCAGCAGAGCCCACCCACCCCCUCCCCCAAGGGAACAGAACCACGAAAAGGUUAGGAGGCCUCAGGUGUUCAAGUCAGGUGAGAGCCCAGCAGCACCUGUGGGAAACAGCACCUGCUGUUUGAUUGGACCCGUUCCCCUCUGGAACAGCUCGCUAAGGCAGAGCAGCAACGUUUCCUAAAUGUCUUUGAAAGAAUUUGGAAGCAACCAGCGAACGUCAAAGAUCAAUUCUUCCAACCCUCUGUAAAAGGAUUUAUAGAUUUUUUUUUUCAUUCAAAUGAGCUUGGUGGAUUGCAUGUUGGGUUGCUAACUACAAGGUCAGCAGUUCGGCUCCACCAGCCCCCUCAAAGGAGAGAUGAAGGUGUUUCCUCCUGCACAGAUUCAAACUCUCAGAAACCCGGAAGGGCGGGUCUACUCUGUCCAACAAGGUCGCUCUGAGUCGCAAUCAACUCAGUGGCAGUGGGUUUUAUGAAGCAGA